CUCGGGCCGCUUUUGGAACGUUGCUCUAAAACGGAUGAAAAACGCGGAUCUGCCGAUCUGGAGGCGGAUCCGGCUUAGAGUCAGGAGCUGUCCGGAUUCAUUCAGUGUGUUGGAGAUGUGAAAGAGUUUCUGGAGGCACACUGACUGUGGGUUUUAAGCUUUUGGAAGGUCAGUUAAGUUUUGGUGAAGGUUAAUGCAGAAACCUGUGGCCUGUUAUAUGCGUAGGCGCUGGGUGAUUCGGGGCUCUCGGACUGGACCUGCGCAGCCUUCCUUGGCUAAAACAAACUGAUAAUUACCUGAGACUAGUUGGUGCACAGAGAGCUGUGGAGAGAUGUGGCGCAGACUGUCGCUGCUGGUUUUAUGCUGUGCCGCGAGCGGACUUGGUGCUCAGGAGGCGGAUAGAAGCGCGGAGAAGAUGCUGGUGCCCGAAGCAACGGCGCUGGGUAAACCGGACCAGGAUGCUCCCUCAGCGGCCAAAGCGGAGGACAGUCUGCGUGAAGGCGAGCAGCAGCUCCCGCGGAGAGACGCUCCUGUUCCGCAGCCCACCGCCGAGCCUCUGGAGGAUGAGCUGGAUAACCAGGAGAACAUCAUCAGCCAGCUGCUGGGUGAUUACGACAAAGUAAAGACUGUGUCAUCCGGGUCAGACUGCGUGUGUCGCUGUAUUGUUCGACCAAUCAAACGCACUGAUUGCAGCCGUAUCCAUGAGAGGGACACAGCAUCACUGCCCCAGGAUUUUUACACCGUCGAGACGGUUACCAAGGGAACGGACUGCAAGAAGUGUGUGUGCAUGGCCCCACCUUCAGCUGUCAACCCCUGUGAGGGAGAGUACAGGUUUAAGAAACUCCAGGAGGCCAGCAAGGAUGACAUUAAGCUGGCGACUAUCAUGGACUUGUUGGAGGGCUCUCUGUAUGGAAUGGACUUGUUAAAGCUCCACUCUGUCACCACCAAACUGCUGACCAAGAUGGACAACAUGGAAAAAGCCUUCGCCCGUAAUUUUACAGAGAGAGCGAGAGAGAAAGAGCGUGUGAAGGAAAGAGCAAAAGACAAGGAGAAAGAGAAGAAGGCCCAGCAGAAAAAAAAGAAAGUGAAUGAUUUGGGGAAUGCAGAACAGAAAAGUCGAGCACCUGCCUCCACCAACAAGCAGAAGAAUCAUGAAGGUCAGCUGAAGAAAAGUCAACAACAAGAUGGUCUGGAACAACAACAGCCAACCAGGAAGACAGGAACUCAAAAGCCAAUCAAAGAGAAGACAGAGCCACGGCAGCCAAUCAAAGAGAAAAACACCAUGGUCAUCAGGGGCGUGACCUUUUACAAAGCAGAAGAAGAGAGCUUUAAGGAGGAUGAGACUUCUCUGACUGCAAAUACUUCAAUAGACUUACUGAUUUCUGACCAGCUCCCACCACCCAGGACUUUUCCCAUCCAGAAUCCAGGACCUGCACCUACUGUUAGCACAGAACCAGACACCAAGGACCAGUCAAGGAGACUAAACAAUCCUGCACCAACUCAGAGACCGACAGAUCGCCCCACUACCACCCAACCAACGACAACUACAACCAAACCAGCUCCCACUACCGUGAAAUCAACGACUGAAAAAGCCACUACAACAACUCCAAAACCAACAACAACCAAACUGACAACUACUUCCCAACAAACUACCACCUUUAGAACUACUAUUCAGCCUACUACACCUGUCACUCAGCAUAAAACCUCAGCUUCAGAUACUAACAUAGGUCGACCCAUUGAUGAGUCUCCCACGGCACAGCCUAAGCCGCUGCCCAGAAGUCGACUCAGCUGGACGGAGAGCCCCGCUGACCAGCCAAAGACCACCAAAAAGCCUGCGUUGUGUAAGGACACAGUGGCCAGCAUCUCUGAUCCGGUCCAGCACAACACUUACGGCCUGAGUGACGGAGCCUGGAUGAGAGAUGCUCGAGGCCAUGGCAACGUCAUCUACCUUACCAGUGGUCACUAUGGCGCCAACCUCCUAGAGUUCCGAGACAUGGACACCUUCAAAUCAGGUCAGGCAACUAACUCAUACAAGCUGCCCUACAGUUUCACCGGAACAGGCCACGUCGUGUUUAAUGGGGCUUUCUACUACAACCGUGCGUUCAGCAGGGACGUCAUCAGAUAUGACCUGAGACACAGAUAUGUAGCUGCCUGGACCACACUGCAUGAUGCUUUACUGGAGGAGCAAGCUCACCGGACACAAACUGAAGUGGAGUUCGCCGUUGAUGAGUCCGGCCUGUGGCUGCUCUACCCUGCUCUGGACACAGAGGGUUUUCACCAGGAAGUGAUCCUGCUCACCCAUCUCCGCCCCCACGACCUCCAACCAAUACGGAGCUUUCGCACAGGUCUUCGGCGCGGUCGCUACGGAAACAGUUUCCUGGUUUGUGGCGUGCUCUAUGCUGUGGACAGCAUGGAGCGUCACUAUGCCAACGUGACGUACGCCUUUGACACGCACACGCUCACACACACCGUGCCAAGUCUUGCCUUCACAAACAUGCACUCACACACCUCCCAGCUGGCUUACUGCCCGCUGGACAAGAAACUGUACGCAUGGGACAAUGGACAUCAGAUGAUGUAUGAUGUCAUCUUCGCUUAUUAGCACAAUGAGUGAACUCAGGAUGGAAGAAGUGAUGGGCAGACGGAUGGUCAGCAGUUUAAUAUAUACAGCAAGAGGUCCAAACAACGCUGAGGACAGAAGGAAAAAGAUAACAGCUGAGCAGAUCUUUGAUCAGCGCUCUGUGUCUCAGUGACUGUGGAUCAGUCUAACUGAAUGUAUUUUAGUUUCGACCUCAACUGCUGCUCUGCCACACACACACACCAAAGUCAGGAUUAACCAGCCGAGGGCCCAAUUUCCUACCAUCGGUCAUAGAAGUUAAGAGGGUUUUCUCAGAGCAUUCCUAUGAACGCUCUUAAAUUUCUACAUGUAUUUCCCAGCUGUCUGUGGUGCUGAAUACAUUUAAGGUAACUUUGCAUAUUUACCUGUGCUAUAUAUAUUCAAAAAUACAUCCAUCACAAGGUGUUAGUGUUGUAAACAACACAGAGAAAUGUUUUAUACUUGGAAUUGCUCAGUAUGAAAAUGAAACUUCUAUAAUUCAUGUUACCGUGUGGAAGCUUAUGAAAGUAAACUUUGAUUUAGCCGCUGCUAGAGGCAGAGGUUACACUGUGACAGAAGUGUGUGAAGAUAUGGAACCUGAAAAUAUACCAUCAGGAAAGUGUCCUUUCAGCCAGAAGAGGUGGAUUUAUUAGUCAGAAACAGGGAGAGGAGGACAUCAGCUCAGUUACACAAAUCAGCUGCUGAACUGAUUUGUGCUUGUGUCUCAGUUUACUUUUACUUUGUUAUUCUAAAACAUUAUCACUCAUUUUCCAUUUAACAUCACUUAAUGAAAUAUUAGCGUUCAUGAUAAAAGUAUAGACUUAAAAAUCAACCAAAACAAUGUAGAGUUUGUUUCCUCCUGCAGAUUCUGAAGCUUCUGAAGAUGUUCUUUAGUCACGAUGCUCUGGGAAACAACUAAACUAAAGCUUAUAUCUUAAGAUGGUUUUGGGAAACAAGGCCCAAAGGUCUGAGACCACUGUCCCAUUCACUUGAAUGUCUCAGACUUUUGGACCCCCACUGUACAUAUAAUGUCUAAUAUACAAUGUUCGGUUCCAGAGAGUAAAAACUGAUUCUAUUAGUGAAGCUACAGAUACUGUAUACUUUACACGUUGUGCACAACAUGAAUAUAAUGCCUUUAUUAUCAGUGUGUAAAAAAGCUGCAGCCUUUUCUCUGAUAUGAUGAAAAUCUUUACUGUGUGUUUUUAUAAUGUAUGUCUGCUUAGCAUGCUGCCUAUUUACUUUCACUCCCGUCAAGUAAUGUUUCCAUCAUAAGCUUUAGUACGGGAGGGGAUGGAGACCCUGGUACCGUUAGUGCUUCAUCUGCCAUUGAAGUUCAGUCAUUUAACUUUAACACACGUUCCUCACAGCUUUUUUUAAUCCCAAGACAAAGUUGAUUCCAAUCGCUUUACUACAAGUUUACCUUUUUGGUUUGUUUAAUUUAUAAUAAAAUGUU